AUGCGGGGGGCUCUGACGCCCCUGUCUUGGCUGCUGCUGCUGCUGGGGUGUGGGCCGCACGCAUCCUCUGGCAGCGGGGCAGCGGGCUACGCCCCAGUGAAGUACAUGCAGCCCAUGCAAAAAGGACCUGUGGGACCACCCUUCCGCGAGGGCAAGGGCCAGUACCUGGAAAUGCCUCUACCAUUGCUGCCGAUGGACCUGAAAGGAGAGCCCGGCCCCCCAGGGAAGCCUGGGCCUCGGGGGCCCCCUGGCCCUCCUGGCUUCCCAGGAAAACCCGGCACUGGGAAGCCAGGGCUCCAUGGGCUGCCUGGCCCUGCUGGCCCCCCUGGCUUCUCCAGGAUGGGCAAGGCUGGUCCGCCAGGGCUCCCAGGCAAGGUUGGACCACCAGGGCAGCCCGGGCUUCGGGGGGAGCCAGGAAUACGAGGGGACCAGGGCCUCCGGGGGCCCCCAGGGCCCCCUGGCCUCCCUGGCCCUUCAGGCAUUACUGUCCCUGGAAAACCGGGUGCCCAGGGGGUGCCAGGGCCCCCAGGAUUCCAGGGGGAGCCAGGGCCCCAGGGGGAGCCUGGGCCCCCAGGCGAUCGAGGCCUCAAGGGGGAUAAUGGAGUGGGCCAGCCAGGGCUGCCUGGGCCACCAGGGCAGGGGGGUGCCCCGGGACCCCCCGGCCUCCCUGGCCCGGCUGGCUUAGGCAAACCUGGUUUGGAUGGGCUUCCUGGGGCCCCUGGAGACAAGGGUGAGUCUGGGCCUCCCGGGGUUCCGGGUCCCAGUGGGGAGCCAGGAGCUGUGGGGCCCAAAGGACCCCCUGGGGUAGAUGGUGUGGGGGUGCCAGGGGCAGCAGGGGUGCCAGGGCCACAGGGCCCAGCAGGGGCCAAAGGGGAACCAGGGACCCGGGGUCCCCCUGGCCUGAUAGGCCCCACUGGCUAUGGGAUGCCAGGACUGCCAGGCCCCAAGGGGGACAGGGGCCCAGCUGGGGUCCCAGGGCUCUUGGGGGACAGGGGGGAGCCAGGUGAGGAUGGGGAGCCAGGGGAGCAGGGCCCACAGGGCCUUGGUGGUCCCCCCGGGCUUCCUGGGUCUGCAGGGCUCCCUGGCAGACGAGGGUCCCCUGGACCUAAAGGGGAGGCAGGGCCCGAAGGCCCCCCAGGAAUGCCUGGCAUGCGGGGUGACCAGGGGCCUAGUGGCCUGGCUGGGAAACCUGGGCUCCCAGGUGAGAGGGGACUUCCUGGGGCCCAUGGGCCCCCCGGACCAACUGGGCCCAAAGGUGAGCCGGGUUUCGCGGGCCGCCCUGGAGGACCAGGGGUGGCAGGGGCCCUGGGGCAGAAGGGUGACUUGGGGCUCCCUGGGCAGCCUGGCCUGAGGGGCCCCUCGGGAAUCCCAGGACUCCAGGGCCCCGCUGGCCCUAUUGGGCCCCAGGGUCUGCCAGGCCUGAAGGGUGAACCAGGCCUGCCAGGGCUCCCUGGGGAGGGGAAAGUGGGGGAACCCGGCACGGCCGGGCCCACGGGGCCCCCUGGGGUCCCCGGCUCCCCAGGACUCACAGGCCCUCCUGGGCCUCCCGGGCCUCCUGGGCCCCCUGGCGCCCCCGGGGCCCUGGAUGAGACUGGCAUCGCAGGCUUGCACCUGCCCAACGGUGGCGUGGAGGGCGCUGUGCUGGGCAAGGGUGGCAAGCCACAGUUCGGGCUGGGCGAGCUGUCUGCGCAUGCCACCCCGGCCUUCACCGCGGUGCUCACCUCGCCCUUCCCCGCCUCGGGCAUGCCUGUGAAAUUUGACCGGACUCUCUACAACGGCCACAGCGGCUACAACCCAGCCACUGGCAUCUUCACCUGUCCUGUGGGCGGUGUCUACUACUUCGCUUACCAUGUGCACGUCAAGGGCACCAACGUGUGGGUGGCCCUGUACAAGAACAACGUGCCAGCCACCUACACCUACGACGAGUACAAGAAGGGCUACCUGGACCAGGCGUCCGGCGGAGCCGUGCUCCAGCUGCGGCCCAACGACCAGGUCUGGGUGCAGAUGCCCUCGGACCAGGCCAAUGGCCUCUACUCCACCGAGUACAUCCACUCCUCCUUUUCGGGAUUCUUGCUCUGCCCCACAUAA